CACAAACUUUGCAUAAAACCAAAACACAAACCCAAGCCACGUGCAUUACACGCGUCUCUCCAAAUUCAACAUCUUCCUCCACAAACAAAACCUUCCCCAAUUUUUACUCACACUUGUUACCUACUGAAUUCCCUGAUCUAUUCUAGCUUUACUUCAUCCAACAGAAACCCUGAAAUCGCACAAUUCAUACACUGCAAAGCUGGAGCAGUUGAAGACGAUCGGUAGGGAGCUCGCAAUGGGCUCCCAGGGUGGCUUCGGCCAGUCGAAGGAGUUUCUGGACCUCGUCAAAUCAAUCGGAGAAGCCCGAUCCAAAUCCGAAGAAGACCGUAUAGUCCUCCAUGAGAUCGAGAUGCUAAAACGCCGAAUCAACGAGCCGGAUAUCCCCAAAAGGAAGAUGAAGGAGUAUAUCAUCCGUCUUGUGUACAUCGAGAUGCUUGGUCAUGAUGCUUCUUUCGGGUACAUUCAUGCCGUUAAGAUGACACACGAUGAUUCACUUCUACUGAAACGAACUGGUUAUUUGGCUGUCACGCUGUUUCUGAAUGAGGAUCAUGAUUUGAUUAUAUUGAUUGUGAAUACGAUCCAGAAGGACUUGAAAUCAGAUAAUUAUUUGGUCGUUUGUGCUGCUUUGAAUGCUGUUUGUAAGUUGAUUAACGAGGAGACUAUACCUGCUGUGAUUCAGCAAGUGGUUGAGUUGUUAGGGCACCCAAAAGAGGGGGUUAGGAAGAAGGCUGUGAUGGCGCUGCAUAGCUUUUAUCAGAGAUCUCCAUCCUCUGUCAAUCAUCUUGUAUCCCACUUCCGGAAGAAACUUUGUGAUAAUGACCCUGGUGUCAUGGGUGCUACACUUUGCCCUCUAUAUGAUCUUAUCACCAUAGAUGUAAAUUUAUACAAGGAUUUAGUUGUAAGCUUUGUGAACAUUCUUAAACAAGUUGCAGAGCGCAGAUUGCCAAAAAGUUAUGACUAUCAUCAGACACCUGCUCCAUUCAUACAGAUUAAGUUGCUAAAAACUUUAGCAUUACUGGGUAGUGGUGACAAAAAAUCAAGUGAACAAAUGUACACAGUGAUUGGAGACAUAAUGAGGAAAAGUGACACAACAAGUAACAUAGGAAAUGCUAUUCUUUAUGAAUGCAUAUGUUGUAUCUCAUCAAUACAACCUAGCCCUAAGUUAUUGGAAACAGCAGCUGAUGCCAUUGCUAAAUUCCUCAAGAGUGAUAGUCAUAAUUUGAAGUACAUGGGUAUUGAUGCUCUUGGAAGAUUGAUAAGAAUAAGUCCAGAUAUUGCUGAACAACAUCAACUUGCUGUUAUUGAUUGCUUAGAGGACCCUGAUGACACUCUAAAGAGGAAAACUUUUGAGCUUUUAUAUAAAAUGACGAAAUCGUCCAAUGUGGAAGUGAUAGUUGACCGAAUGAUUGACUACAUGAUUAGCAUUAAUGAUAGUCAUUACAAAACCGAAACAGCAUCCAGAUGUGUGGAGCUUGCAGAGCAGUUUGCUCCCAGUAACCAUUGGUUUAUCCAGACCAUGAACAAAGUGUUCCAACAUGCUGGGGAUCUGGUGAACCCUAAGGUGGCUCAUAACUUGAUGAGAUUGAUUGCUGAAGGCUUUGGUGAAGAUGAUGAGUCAGCAGACAGUCAGCUCAGAUCAUCUGCUGUGGAAUCUUACCUUAAAAUAGUUGAUGAGCCAAAGCUUCCAUCUGCAUUUCUUCAGGUGAUAUGUUGGGUGUUGGGUGAAUAUGGAACUGCAGAUGGUAAAUAUUCUGCUUCCUAUAUUAGUGGCAAGCUAUGUGACGUGGCAGAAGCACAUUCAAGUGAUGACAUAGUUAAGGCAUAUGCAGUGUCAGCACUUAUGAAAGUAUAUUGUUUUGAAAAAGCCGCUGGAAGAAAAUUCGAUCUGUUACCAGAGUGUCAUACAUUACUUGAAGAAAUGUCAGCAUCUCACUCAUCUGAUCUCCAGCAACGUGCAUAUGAAUUCCAAGCAAUUCUUGACCUCGACUCCAAUUCCAUUGAUAAUAUAAUGCCACUUGAUGCAAGCUGUGAAGACAUUGAAAUCGAUAAGACCUUAUCGUUUCUCAAUACUUAUGUCCACAAAUCCUUAGAAGAAGGAGCCGAACCAUAUAUCCCCGAAAACCAACGUUCCGGAACCUUAACCGUCAUUCCCAACAUCCCAUACGACACCUCAUCUCACUCUCUUAGGUUUGAGGCGUACGAGGUUCCAAAACCCGUGGUCCCCACAAGACCACCACCCCCAACAACCACCACCUACCCAACCGACCUCGUACCCGUAUCCGUAUCCUUACCCGAACCCUCCUACCACCAACCGGCCCGGUUCUCCGGACCCGUACCCGACCCGAGUCCUACCGACCUCCGGUUACGCCUCGAUGGGGUCCAGAAAAAAUGGGGAAAACCUUCUUACACGUCAUCCGCCACGUCAUCGUCCACCUCAAACUUUGACUUUAACAGAACCACAGUCAACGGGCCCACACAACCCGAUAACGUGGUGGUCCCGAAGGCGCGCGAGUCGAGACAUGUCGAGGUUUCGGAAGAAAAACAAAAACUCGCGGCGUCACUUUUCGGCGGGACGUCUUCGUCUUCGCGGUUGGAAAAGAAACAACCGGUGGCGGCAACUGCCAGUAGUAAGCGGCCUGCUACCGCGGUGGUGGCGGCGGCACCGCCGCCACCGCCGGAUUUGCUGGAUUUAGGUGAAAUGAGCGGGUAUUCGAUGGUUGUGGAUCCGUUUAAACAAUUGGAAGGUCUUCUUGAUGUGAGUCAAGAUGGGAGUACUUCUUCUUCUUCUUUGACUAUACCUACAAAUGGGCAUAAUCAGAAUUUGAUGAUGAUAAAUGAAAAAGACGAAUUUACCCCUGUGAACGGGUCGCCUAAUGUAAGCAAUAAAACGACGGCGACAUUGACUAAGGGUCCGAGUUUGAAAGAUGCGUUGGACAAAGAUGCACUUGUGAGACAAAUGGGUGUAAACCCAACAAGCCAGAAUCCUAAUUUAUUUAGUGAUUUGCUGAGUUGAUUAG